AUGGAGAUGAUGCCAUUUUUUCAUUCCAGUACCAGCGGCUUCUUCGUUUUCGGAUGGUAUCAACCUAGAAUCGCCAGACGAGUUUGCCUUGAUCGCUUUCACAAGAUCCAUGGACAUGUCAACGUUCCGCAACACUGGCGGGGAUCUCCGAAGUUGGGUGAGACGAAAAGGAAAGCACAGCUACAGGGAGCAUGGGACCAUUGGGACAAUGAGCUGGGGGUUUGGGUCUGGCGGUUGCGCAGACUUUUUCGGACUGGUGCGCUCCUUGAGAAGCAGCAAUCGUUGCUCGAGGAGAUAGGAUUUGUUUGGAAUUGGAAGGAUCACGUUUGGGAAUCUUUCUUCCGCGAGCUCCUCUUCUUCAAGAUGCAUCUGGGACAUUGUCUUGUUUCAAAGACACUAGGAUUUGUGUGGAACGUCCUGUCUGAGCCGCUGCUGCGUAACAAUUCAAUCUGGAGGAUAUUCAAGGGCAAGAGCAAGAGAUUGAGCCAGAAGCUUUGUUGA